CAUGACAACCCUGCCACGGAGACUUCUCUGAUGCUCACGGCAGGCCGAAACCCAGAAAUAGAAGCACAUCGAUUGCGAGACCUCUAUUUUCGCUUCCACAGCGAAACUCGACAUACCCUAAGUUCGACAAUCCAGUGCAGUCGGACCAAUGUCCUCCUCUUCUGUGUGCCUCUUGGCCUCAUGGGCCCUGGGUGGGGAUGGCCUGCUUCUGUUGUGUUCUUGCUCAACUUUCUUGCUAUGCUGCCUCUCGCCUCUAUCUUAACCUUUGCGACUGAGCAGCUGGCUGCUGUUGUUGGGUCCGUGGCUGGAGGAUUGAUCAAUGCCACUUUUGGUAAUGCUGUAGAGAUGAUCGUUGGAAUUAGUGCUCUGAAGGAAGGCGAAAUCUCCAUUGUCCAGUCGAGCAUGAUAGGAAGCAUUCUAUCAUCCAUCUUACUAAUUCUCGGCACUACCUUUCUCCUCUCAGGAUUGGGAAAGCGAACGGUUGAUAUCAAUAUCGACGUGGUCGGCAUCUUGACAUCGCUCAUGAUCAUCUCGUGCUUCUCCCUCAUCAUGCCCUCAGCGCUCCACAUAGCCGAUUCAUCUUCCAGUAACACCAGCAGCCCCUCAAGUGAUUAUAUACUAACCCUAUCGCGCAUCACAUCCCUGGUACUACUUGCAUUUUACUUGCUAUAUUUGUACUUCCAAUCCAUAACACAUGCAGAAUUAUUCAUGGAAGAGGGUGAGGAAGAACCAGCUAAUAAACUUCACGCUGUAUCGAGCUGCAUUGUGCUUAUCCUCGCUACACUCGGGGUGGCUCAGUGUUCAGACUGCCUUGUUGACAGUGUUGAUGGCUUUGUCGAAACACUAGGCGUGAGUCGCAGUUUCGUUGGUCUUAUUAUCGUGCCCAUCGUGGGCAACGCUGGGUGUUUCGUCGGCACUGUGCAAUGGUCCAGAUCGAAUCGCAUUAAUCUUGCCGUCUCAGUCAUCGUGGGGAGCACGUUGCAGAUAUCGCUGUUUGUUACACCAUUUCUCGUGGUCGUCGGCUGGAUCAUCGGCAAAGACAUGUCUCUGCAGUUUGAUAGCUUCGAGACCAUCGUCAUAACGAUGUCGACCCUUGUGGUCAAUUAUCUAGUGCGGGACGGGGAGACUAAUUAUUUUGAAGGCCUACUUCUGGUUGCUACAUAUUUUAUCAUUGCCAUCGCAUUCUUCGUGCACCCUGAUGAGGUCCAAUCAAUCUAGUCAAAAACACGGAUAUAAUACAGCUACUAUGAUGACACUGGAAUCAAAGGCUUGAUGAGCCAGAACAAUACUCUAUAAAUAAUAUAUCGUCUCGAUCAUGGAGAAUCGAUCUCUAGUAUAUAUACAACUUGAGUACAGAGUUCGUAUUGCAUUAUAAGUUAUUAUCCCU